AUGACCGGAUACCAUCUCGAAAUUCCAAAAUGUGUUCCUAUGCACAAUCAGAAAUCUCAUGGAAAGUCUUCGUGCAAAAGUAGCGGGUUGCAGCAGAUCAACGCUGCAGCCUUGUUUAGUCAGAAUUGGAUUCACAAUCCGUCAUUUUUGCGAGAGGUCGAUGUGGGUUCGGAUCAUUGCGAUAUACCUUUGUCUGUUGUAUGCUUUGUCUGCUUAGAGGAGUUCUUUGACAUUAGCCAGAAACUGAACGAGCCUCAUGGUCAGGUACUAGCCUCAACUCAGAGCGAUGCCAGCAUUACGUAA